GCUGCUGGCCGUCGCGGACUUUCGCUGUCAACGGUUCUCCGCGAGGAGAGGACCCGAGGAGGGAGGGGGGAGGAACGGGCCCCCCUCCGUUCUAACGGGCCUGAUUGGGCAGCCGGGGUUCGAAAGGGGCGUGGCCUGCCUCGGCCGAGGGGGUAUAAAAGCGUUGGCUGGGCAUCGGCCACCCUCAUUAAAGUGAGGGUGGCGGACGUGAGUUUGUGGCAGCCUGGAGGGGCCGAAGUGGGGGCCGGAGAAGGGGGGGGAUCUCUAGUUUCCCCCAGUAAACAGACUAGGAAGGAGGCUCUUCCCAAACUGGGGGGCCUGGCGCCUUUACAAUAGAAGCAGGGGCUGUCCCUGAUCCCCAAACUUGAAGGCCAGGGGUCGGUAGGGGAUCAGAAGUGGGUUAAGUAUCCAUCAAGGCGCAUGUGCGGCCCCUUUAACGGUCAGGGUUAGGUUGUGCGACUUUACAAGCCUCUGUGCAGACCCAACACAAUGAAUUCCAAUGUAGAAAACUUGCCUCCCCAUGUGAUCCGGCUGGUUUACAAAGAAGUCUCAACACUCACCUCAGACCCGCCUGAGGGCAUCAAGGUCUUCCCCAACGAGGAGGACAUCACAGAUGUCCAAGUCACAAUUGAAGGACCAGAGGGUACUCCAUACUCCGGUGGCCUCUUUCGCAUGAAGUUGAUUCUCGGCAAAGACUUCCCAGCUAGCCCCCCAAAGGGCUAUUUUCUGACCAAAAUCUUCCACCCCAACGUGGGCGCCAAUGGCGAGAUCUGUGUCAAUGUCCUCAAGAAGGAUUGGAAAGCAGAACUGGGCAUCCGGCAUGUCCUGCUGACCAUCAAGUGUUUGCUCAUCCAUCCCAAUCCGGAAUCGGCACUGAACGAGGAAGCAGGUCGCCUCCUGCUGGAGAACUAUGAGGAAUAUGCCUCCCGGGCCCGCCUCCUGACAGAGAUCCAUGCCCAGCCUUCAUCUGGACUGCGCACCAAGGACCCCGCUGAGCCUUGCUCCUCCUCGGCUGGUGCCUCUGGGGAGGGCCCCAUGGCCAAGAAACACGCAGGCGACAGGGACAAGAAACUGGCCUCCAAGAAGAAGACUGACAAGAAACGAGCCCUCCGGCGGCUUUAGGGGCCAAGGAGCGGGGUAGCGGGGAGUCUGGCACACGGGGCGGGUCGUGGGCAUCGGGGUUCCACAAUACAUUCUCAGUUCCUCCUCUUUUUUCCUCUCCCACCUUUUCCACUUUGAGACUGCAGUCCAACUCCGUCUCACAUUUGUCAGGUUUUUCUUCUUUUCAAGUCUUUAAGUUAUUUAAAUUAUAAAAGCAGAAAAAUCUUAUUAAAUGCCUUUUUUUGUUUUGUUUUUUUCACUAAGAAAGGCUCUUAAUGUAUGGUUGCGCCAUCACCUAAAUUACCCUGUGGCCGGGACCUCAUUGAGCAUAUUCUGCUUUUAGAAGGAAUGUUGUCAGAGGUGGAGAAGGGUAACAAGGAGGGAGAGAGCAUUUCCCUUCCCCUGACGAGGAGCUUAAAGCAUUUGCUGCUUUGGAGUUGAUGCGGGAAGGAUGUUGAAGAGGGAAUUUGAUAGUUCAACAACCGAGGAUCAACUGAAGAGAGAGAUGAUGAGUUUGCCAUUCUUCUCUGAAUUUGGUUGAUUAUGCGGGAGGGAGAGAGAAAAUGGUUCUUGACGCAACAUCUUUUCAGAUAAUUGCUGGCCACGAGAUGUGCUAGUAGCUGCUUGCGUAGAUGGAUUUGAAGAGGGGUGAGAGACAUUCACGAGUGGGGUGGUUAGGAUUGUUUCUGUGUAUAAGCCAUGCAAACUGAAUGAGAGCACCCAUAUUUUUGAGCAGGGAUAUAGCUCGGGGAUGCUCGGGGUCACAUUGGAUGCACAGGGUCACAUUUCCCCUUGUGGCUGAUGGCGUUGCUGACAUGGUCAUGUCACGCAGGAGCUAAAGUUGAUGCAUCUUCAGACAGGAACCUACCACCUUUCCCUUUCUGUCUUUCUUGUGUACUAAGGGAUUGAAAAGGACUUAGUGUUUUGGGUGUAAAGUAAAUCCCGACCUUAGGAUUUGACUGCUGUUCUCAACUGCCAGUCAAACUACCAGUUUUGCUUCUCCCCUGCCCUUUAGUAUAGGCAUGGACAAACUUUGGCCUUCCAGGUGUUUGGACUUCAACUCCCACAAUUCGUAACAGCUGGUAGGAUGUUAGGAAUUGUGGGAGUUGAAGUCCAAAACACCUGGAGGGUCAAAGUUUGCCCAUGCCUGCUUUAGUAGUUUUGCUUCUCCCUUGCCCUUUACUACAGCCCCAAACAAACUUUGGCCUUCAAGAUGUUUUGGACUUCAACUCCCACAACUCCUGACAGCUGUUAGGAAUUGUGGGAGUUGAAAUCCAAAACACCCGGAGGGCCAAGGUUUGCCCAUGCCUGCUUUAGUAGGUGGGGAAAAUGCAGCACCAAAUGUCCUGCUUGUGGUCUUUUCUGGACAUAUCUUGAGUGCGUUGGAGCACAUUCUGAUCAGAUCCAUCUUAGUAAGUCCUGAAGCCAUUUGAAAGGAACAUGUUGACCUCUCAUUCUCAAUCCUGUUGAAAACAAAACAUUUAAAAUUCUGAUGUUGACCACAGCAAGGGUGGCUCUAACUGUUCCAGAUUACCUCCCAAUAGAUUGGCUUCUUGAUGUGGAUAAAGGCAUAGCUAUGAUAGGAUUUUUAAGAGAUGAGAGUCAUGAUGGGGGAAAAAACCCAUUUGGCAAGGAAGUGAUUAACAGAAAGUGUGAAUUUGCUCUCCCACUAUGUAUGCCCACAUGAAAGUAUUUCUGUACAAUAGAAAUGUCAAGGCAGCUUAGGAUAGUAAUAGCAAACUGUUCUCAUGCAGUCUGGGGCAGCUUACAUCCUUUCUAAGCCUCACCGGGAUCAUACAACAUACCAAGAGUGUGAUCUAGCCAAGAAGGGUUUUAUUAUGCAUCCUCCUGCUGAUGUGAUACACGCAGCUAUGAGACUGUUCAUUUGACAGGCCUAAUAUUUAGUGUAUCUACAAUUUAUUGUAUAGUAAUGUGUGCGUGCAGUUAUGGACUGUACCAAGUCUGUCUGUUCUUCCCUGCAUGCACAGCCUUCUUAUUUGCCCAAAAGACCAAGAUAUAAAUUUAGUACAUAAUUGGGAAUAACCACCUGACCUUCCCCAGACUGCCAUCACAGGGCAAUUCAAGAAUCUUUUGCUCUCGGGGAAGGAUGAUGUGGCUUUUCAAAGACUUUCCUCCCCUACAUAGUUUUCUUUACCACUUUAUUAUAUAACUACUUUUGAUGCUUAUUUUAAAUAUUUUUUAUUAUGUAAACAUCUGAAGGUUUACCCGAAAAGCAAUAUAUAAAUACAUGAAAUAAAUAUUUUGAAUAUUCUGCUUUUCUGAAAGAAAUAUGGAUUGAUGUACAGGAUUUUAAAAAAAAAAAUAAAAUGAUAAUCUGA